AUGGCUGAAAAGUACCCUUCGCUGCACAGGGCCUGCCUGCAUCUGGAAUUCAUCCAUGCCAACUCCACAACUCAUGGUUUCCUCUUUGGAGCUCUGGCUGAAUUGCUGGACAACGCGAGAGAUGCAGGGGCUGCAAGACUUGAUGUGUUUUCAGUGGAUAAUGAAAAACUGCAGGGUGGAUUCAUGCUGUGCUUCCUGGAUGAUGGAUGUGGCAUGAGCCCUGAGGAAGCUUCAUACAUAAUUAACUUUGGAAUACACAAGAAACACUCACCCACCUUGAAGUUCAUUGGGCAGUAUGGCAACGGUCUUAAAAGUGGGUCCAUGAGAAUUGGAAAAGACUUCAUCCUUUUUACAAAGAAGGAAGAGACAAUGACCUGUGUGCUUUUCUCUCAGACGUUCUGUGAAGAAGAAGGUCUGAGUGAGGUUGUAGUUCCAAUGCCUUCGUGGUUAACAAAAACCAGAGAGUCUCUCACAGAUGAUCCCCAAAAGUUCUCAACAGAGCUGUCCGUAAUUUAUAAAUUCUCUCCAUUUCAAAAUGAAGCGGAACUGAUGCAGCAGUUUGACGUGAUCUAUGGAAAAUGUGGUACUUUGUUGGUUAUUUAUAACUUGAAACUUCUGCUUAAUGGAGAACCAGAGUUGGAUGUUAAAACUGACAAGGAAGAUAUUCUGAUGGCUGGGGAUCUUGAAGGUUUUCCAGAGACGUGGUCCUUCAGAGCCUACACAUCUGUUCUGUAUUUUGACCCUUGUAUGAAAAUAUUUAUUCAAGCCAAAAAAGUUCAAACGAAACACCUAUGCUAUUGCCUGUACAGACCUAGAAAAUAUUUGUAUGCCACAUCUUCUUUCAAAGGAGUCCUUAAAAAUGAAGUUAGAAAAGCACAGGAAGCAGUACAGAUGGCUGAACUCACACUGAAAGAAGCACACAUCAAAGUACACCAGGCUGACGGAACUGCUGCGGCUUCUGCCCAGGAUAUAUUAGAGAAAGCUUUAGAAGAUGCAGAAGCAAAGCAUAAGAAUCUUAAGGAGAAACAAAGAGAAUUAAGAAAAGCAAAAACACUCUCCCUGUUCUUUGGAGUGAACCUAGAAAACCCAAGCCAAGAUGGAAUGUUCCUGUACAGUAAUAGCCGUUUGAUCAAAAUGCAUGAGAAAGUGGGCCCACAGUUGAAACGGAAGUCCCUACUUGGCACAGGUGUGGUUGGAAUUGUUAACAUACCCUUGGAGAUCAUGGAACCAUCCCAUAAUAAGCAACAGUUUCUCCAUAUCCAAGAGUACAAUCAUCUACUAAGAGUCAUGGGACAGUACUUGAUCCAGUAUUGCAAGGACACUGGGAUCA